AUGUCUUUCUCCAGCAUGUCUAAAGCAAAUGUAAGAAGACAUGUUCUGGAGAAGAACAAAGUGUUGAAAGAAAAAGAGAAGCCAGCACAAAGCAGUCUGUCCAAAAACCUUAAGAGAAUUUACCCAAUUGGGCUUCAGAGAAGCAGUUCAUCAUUAUCCCUAUCAUCAUUGUCUCUGUCAUGGUCACAGAACUCAAACGACUCUUCUCUUACGGAUUCUACCACUCCACUGGAUCAGAAGAUUUCUUUAGCACUUCGUCUGAUUGCACCACCUGAAAGAAGAGAAGCUCCAGUCGAUAAAAAUGCGCAACAGCAAAGUCAGGAUACUGGUACUGGCGAGUUGAAGAGGUGCAACUGGGUUACAAAGAAUAGUGAUAAAGUUUAUGUAGCAUUUCAUGACGAGUGCUGGGGAGUUCCAGUUUACGACGACAGCCAGUUGUUUGAGCUGCUUGCAAUGUCUGGUAUGCUGAUGGACUACAACUGGACUGAAAUCCUGAAAAGAAGGGAACUAUUCAGAGAAGCCUUUUCUGGAUUUGAUCCCAAUGUUGUUGCCAAAAUGGGGGAGAAGGAAAUCACAGACAUAGCAUCCAACAAAGCAAUAAUGUUAGCAGAGAGCAGAGUAAGGUGUAUAGUAGACAAUGCCAAAUGCAUAUUAAAGAUUGUGAGGGAAUUCGGAUCGUUCAGUAGCUAUAUGUGGGGUUAUGUGAAUCACAAACCAGUGAUCAACAGGUACAGAUACCCAAGAAAUAUUCCACUGAGGACACCAAAAGCAGAAGCCCUUAGCAAGGAUCUGAUAAAGCAUGGAUUUCGGUUGGUAGGGCCGGUGAUUGUGUGUUCGUUUAUGCAAGCUGCUGGUUUGACAAUUGAUCAUCUUGUGGAUUGUUAUAGAUAUGGUGAAUGUGUGGGUCUUGCAGAAAGACCGUGGAGGCAUAUCUAACAUGCCUGGAUAUGGACUAGUUCUGUACAGAGGUUGAAAUGCAGCUGAUGUGUUGGCCUUGCUGAGAGACCAUGGAGGCACAUCUAACAUGCAUGGAUAUGGACAGAUUCUGUACAGAAGUUGCAGAUAGGUAGUAAAAGUUAUGUAUUGGAAUAUGGUACCAAAAUUGGAUGUUCUGAUCCUAUGGUGUUUCUUCUGAUAUACUAAUUUAUUUGCCUAAUAAUCGUUGCAUUUGACAUCUUUCUUGUACAACCAGUGAGCAAAUUUUCGUCUUACAACUCUUUUACAACCUACUUUACACUCAACCAAUG